AUGAGCUCCAAAUCAAUGGCCCCGACGGUCCAACCCAACUCAGCAACGGUCGUAGAACCAGGGCCGAUUUGGUGGUCGAAUGCGAUCUUUUUCGUGUCGAUGCAUGUGCUCGCACUCGUCGGAGCGACCUACCUCAGCCCGUGGCACCAGCUCCGGACCGAGACGAUGUGGUCAGUUCAGAGUCGAGCUCGAGUGACGGGAGCAUAUUCGCUUCGUGGCUUUACUGACUUGGUGUUAUUUUCGAGAGUAGGUUGUGUUUUCUUAGUUGGCAAUUGGCGACAUUCGGGUCAGUCAACACGGCCACAACAGAGCUAGCAGCACCAGCGUGCGGCCCGACAGCGCGAUCGAUCGCUGGAAGCCUCCCCCGCGUGCACGCCCACCCUCACCGGCCUCACCUCGGCAGUCGGCGGCAGUCGGCACUUCGGCCAGCCAGCUCCGAGUCAGGUGGCGGUGGGGAGCCACUUCCCAAGCUGACUAUGGCGCACCGCAAGCUGUCGCACCGCACCGCAAGCUGACAUCUUCCCACCAACUGGGCCCAAAACAGAAUUACCAUCGGAUAUCAUCGACUAUGGUCACACCGCUCCUUCACCGCCGCCUUUCCUCUGCGCGUCGUACUCGCCGGCAUGGGCUGUCUGGGCUUCCAAGGCUCGAUCAAGUGAGUCUACUCCCCAACUUUGAGCCUUCUCACUUGCACCAGCUCAUAUAAAACACUGUAAUGACAGGUGGUGGGUGCUGCGCCAUCGAUUGCACCAUCGCUUCACCGAUACCGAAUCCGAUCCGUAAGUGACCUCUGUUCCCCCGCUCUCUCCUAUCCAUUCUUGUCUCGCCCCCCCCCCCACAUUAAAACUCUCCGCUGGGGGCGGUGACGAAGUUUCGUUCACAGUCCUCAAGGGUUCCCAUGAGCUAAGCCCGGAUGCUCGCCCUAUCCUCCUUGUUAUAUUGCACAGGUACAAUGCCAAACAAGGGCUGUAUCACUCGCACAUGGGUUGGAUCUUUCGCAAGCCGACUUACCCGAGGAUGUGCCUCAUCGACAAGAAGGACCUCGACGCCGAUCCAGGUCCGUCAGCUUUCCUCCUCAGUUGCGAAGUAAACUGUCAGACUGAGGAGCAGACCGGUGAUUGCAGUGGUUCGCUUCCAGCACAAGUAUUAUAUCCCUUUGACGCUGUUUUUGAGUUUGGUGAUGCCGACUUUGAUCGGGUGGACGUGGGGCGAUGCGAUGGGAGGUUAUAUCUGGGGUGGAGUCAGUCCCGCUUCUUUGCCAUCGCACUCUGCCUUGAACGAAAAACCAGUACUGACGUGAAAAUCACGACCGCUCACCUCAGGUCAUUGCUCGAAUCAUGAUCCAACACGCGACCUUCUGCAUCAACUCGUUGGCGCACUAUCUCGGCGACCAAGCCUACUCCGAGGACGUCACCGCGCGCGGUAACUUUUUCCUCGCGCUCUUCACAGGAGGAGAAGCGAAUCAUAAUUACCACCAUGCGUUCCCGAGGGAUUAUCGGAAUGGACCGAGGGCGUUCGAUUGGGAUCCUUCCAAGUGGAUCAUUUGCGCAUUGCACUUCUUGACGCCUUGGGUACCCAAGAUGCAUCAGACCUCAGAGGCCGAGAUCCUUAGAGCCAAAGCUCAUGUUUUGACUGCGAGGGCGGAAAAGGCUGCCAAAGGGUUAGGGGAGGAUGAGGAAGGGGAAGAAGGGUCGUCGUCGUUCAAGGUUUGGGGAACGUUCGCGGAGGGGGAUAGCGAUGAGGAUCGAGGGAGCUCGACGAGCUUCGAGGGUAUCAAUACGAGUGCUAGUGCGAGUGCUAGUGGAUCGGGAACGAGUACGGAUGAGGGCGAGGACGGCGAUGCGUUGUUCGAUCGACGCCUGGGUCGAUUUGAGUCCCAAUCGUUGACGAACCGAAGACGACACCCCGCUCGACAAAAUCCUUUACCCACCUGGACGCGCGCACAACUCGUUGAAAAGCUCGCCGAUCCCAAAACAUUCCCCUCGUCUAGUCGAGCUCCGAUCGUCAUCAUCGUCAAUGGGUUUGCGGUGGAUGUGACCAAAUACGCGCAGGAUCAUCCGGGUGGGUAUGCGGUAUUGAGAGAGUUUGCGUUGGGGGAGGGCAAGGAGCAGAGGGAUGCGACCGAGGCUUUUGAGGGAGGGUUGAACGAUCAUGGCUGGUCCGCGAGGGAGAAGAUGAAGGAUUUGACGAUCGCGAGGAUCGUUUGA